GAUGAGGCAAUACUCCAACACCGGAAAGAUUGCCAAUAUGAAGGAUCUGGUUGAAGAGAUGGGGUUCAAGGUAGGGUGUCAUGUCAUCAGGAAAGACAAAGUCACGGCGCAAAUCUUGGGUUUCAAGGAUGAGUAUGUUCUCCUCGAUGUGAACGCGGGUGGUAUGUCAGGGGAAUGCCGGGUAGAUGCCCAGUCAUUUGUCAACAAUGAGUGGACUCUCUUUAAGCCUAAAACAAAGCCUGAGUGUUUGCCAGAGUAUUGGGAGCAUGGCACACUGCAGAACCCCGAGAUCCAACAGAGCUGCAUCAGAGCCAAGAUCUUGUUGGAACUUCGCAACAGCAUGGGCAAAUGCACUUCUGUUGUCAACCCUUCUUGCCUGAAACUGAUGACAAAGCCCAAAGGCGUGUUUGCUGAAGAGAAGAUUGAGAAGCACGCCCUGCGUUUGAUACCAUUCACCAAUGCCAUCUUUUCAAGAGAGCAUGGAACAGAGAACCCCAACUCUUCUCAGAUCAAGGUGUUUACCUUUCAGGAUGAGUGGGACUUUUACCUGGUUCCAAGUGUUCAGCUCCCCAAGGAAGACAAGAAAGGCAUGAUCGUUCCCUUUUGGUUUGUUGGCGCGACCUACGACCCUGACAUGGCUAAUUGUGAGCUGGCUUUAGCAGGGUUCAACUCGCUGGCAGAUUUGAUCGCCUUUCUAGACCAAAAUCCAGCGAUGGAAUUGAAGUCCGCGAGUCGUGUCGAGAUUGUGAGCCUGAUUGGCUGUCGCCUUGAUGACGGCGAACUUUGGGUGCCUCAGGUGCAAACCAUUGGGGACUCCAAGCUCAUGUUACUCUCGAAAUGGGACCGCGGUCUGACCAAAUUCCUCACCGGCAAGUGCUUGGACUGGAAUAAGGACAAGAAGAAUCUGAAUAGCACUUCGGCUGGAGCCUAUUUAGAUCAUUUGUGCAAGCUCCGGAAAGCGGCAUCUCUCAAGGCAGUCCAGGAUGCCCACACCAAUGAGUCUGAUGAUGAGGUGCCGGGGCCAUCUUCCAAAAGGGCCAGGCGUACUGCUGUACGUGUCACCGCAGACAUGGCUCACUUCUCACCUAUGGUGACGAUUGAAUUGCCAGCUGCUGGGGGCGUCGAAGCAAAGCCGGUGAAAGUGGCUUUUGGCACGUCAAGCCGAGAUUUGUGGAUGGAGGUUGACCAGUCCAACCUCCUCCAUGUUGUUCUCGGCAUGAAAGAGUGGGAGGCUGAGAAAGGACGUGGCAGGAAGGUCAAGAAUUCUGACCUUCCUGAAGGUCCUUCGCCCUCAAAGCCACAGAGCUCUGUUUGA